AGCAAAAAAAAAAAAGAAAGAAAAAAUCAAUCUUUGAGCAAAUGUGCUGACACUUCGCUUCUCUUGUCUUUCGCAAAUACUUUUGUUUCAGAUCCAUCUCUCUCGUACCACAAGCACUUCUUUUUGUGGGUCACACUUCUAAUUCAAAGCCAUUACCCAACUUUCCUUCCUUUCUUUUUUAGUUCUUUCGCAGUAUAACUCUACCGACCGACAAGAUAAAAAGCUUAAAACACUUUUUUCUCAUCAUUCUAUCAGACUCCAAUUUCCACAGGUGUCUGGAAAAGACAAUAUAUAUAGGCUGAGCCUGCAACAAGUUCAUCAUGUUCAAGCAAUCCCCUCGUCGGAACUCGAGAUCUAAAGGUUUCAAGGUGAAGCAUGCAGUCCAGCUUUGUCUUCUGCUGGGUGUGUGCAUCUGGCUAGCUUAUCAAUUGAAGCAGUCCAGUGACAAGAAAUCGCAGCUCAGCAUAAACGCGAAGACAGGGACUGAGAUCUUAAAGCUAGGGAGAAAGGAUCUCGACCCUCAAGGGGACGGAACCGCUGUUAGAGAUGUGAGGCACAAGGAGGAGGAAGAGGAAACCGGGAACGGCGAGGACCAAAACAAGACUCAAGAGGUUGAGAACGAAGGAAAAGGAGAUGGCAAUGAUGAGACGAAUGACAAUGCUCAAGAUAGUACUGACGAGGGGACUGAGCAUCGAGGUGAUUCGGUUGAUACGCAGAAUGAGAGUGAAGAGAACAAGGGCAAUGUCAACGAAGAGAACGAGAGUGAAGAGAGGAAAGAGAAGGAGAAUGGAGAGGGUAAAGAGAGUGAAAACGAAAACAAAGAGGGUGAAGACAGCAAUGACAAGCAAAGUGAGAGUGGAGAAAGUAAGGAGGAGGCGAAUGAGGAGAGCAAAGAGAAGGAGAAUGAAGAAAAAACUGAAGAGAAAGAAAAUGUAGAGGAAGGUCAGAACGUGGAUAAUAAAGAAGAGAACAAGGAGACAGAUAGUAAGGAAACGAACAGAGAAACGGAAGAGAAUGAGAGGAAGAUUGAGGACACAGUUUUGUCGGAUAAUCAUGUGCAAGACGGAGGAAAUGGAAAUAAUGAGGCAAGAGAAGAAAACUAUAAGGGGGAUGAUGCUUCCAGUGCUGUAGAACAUGAAACUCAGAGUGCAGCAGAGGAAAAUGAGCAACGCGGUCCUGAAGACUCAAAUGAGGUAAAGCAGUUUGAAAACAAAGAGAAGAGUGAGGGUGAGCAAGAGAGAAAUACAAACAGUGGAGUUGAAACCAACCAAAACGAGUCGGUUUCAAAUGGAAAUAAAAACAGUGAUAUUAAAACUACAACAAGCACUGAAGAUGGUGGAAAUGGGAGUGAUCAUGCAGACACAGGAAAUGGAUCCUUUCACGAUUCGACGGUAGUUUCUGAUGACCAGCAGAAAGUGGACACCAACACUGGAGAGAGUCUUGGUUCGACACAGCAAAAAGAGACAGAGAAAGUGCAAAACCCCGGUGAGACAGCGGAGAAUACAGAUUCUAAGGGAGACGAGUCUACACAGCAAAAUGCGGUGCAAGAGAAAACUGAGAAUUCUGAACCAACCAACAAUGAGAAACAAGAUUCUGAGGAAACACCCGUCUCCACGACUACAGAAAAUGGAAAUGGAGAAUUCAAAGACACUUCUGGAACUUCUGAAUCUGACUCGAACAGCAAUACAGAACAGUCAGCCACGAGUGAAAACACAGAAGCUGUUCAGAACCAACAGUCCAACACUAACUCCAGAUCCGAGGUAACACAUGAGGGGACAAAAGACAUUGUAGUGACACUGAAAACGAAUGAGGACGAUGCUGGCCAAAAGGAACAAGUUGAUUCUUCUGGUUCUUCAUUCCAGCAAGAGAACAACGAAUCCUUGAACAAAGAUAACAAUGCAGAUGAAAGCAAGAACAAAGAUAAUAAUGCUGAUGCAGGCCAGAAUGCAAACGAGAAUGCUGGUCAGCAGAACACAAAGGACAAUGCAAACGCAGACCACAAAGAAUCAGCUGAUUCUUCUGAUUUUGCAGUCCCCCAAAAUAAAGAGGAAACCUCAAACACAGACAAAAAUACUGUUUCCAGCCAGAACUCAAACGAGAAUGGUAAUCAGAAUACGAACGAGAAUGGCAACACAAAUGGAGAGCAAAGCAACAUAAUUGGCAAUGAAGGAGCAGGCCAAGGAGAACAAACUGAUGCACAGAAGGAGAGUGAAGCGUCCUCAAAUGCGAGUGAAAGCAGCAACGCAAGUCAAAAUGAGCCGGUAAACUCAUCGGAUUCUUCAAUCUCUCAAGAAGAGAAAGAGGCUCGUACUGAUUUAGGAACUCUACCAGAAAGCAAUGACCAAGGCAAUAACAAUGGAGAAACAGCUGCAGAGUAACUUGUUCUAAGCUGUUUUAAACAUUCUUGACACGAACUAGUCAUUUUAUUUUCAUCUUCUUUGUUAAUUAACUCGUGAAGGUUCUCUCUUUUUGUGUCCCUGUUGAGAUGAGUGUUGAAACAAAACAUGCAUGUUUAGUUCUUCAGAGACUAUGAAAUGUUGUAACAUCUAAGUUUUAGUAGUGUCUCAAUUGGGUUACCAUUUCGUCUGUUAAUUUUGGUGGUUUGGCAAAGUAACACUCUCUACAAACUAAACUCAUCGGAGAACAAAUUGCUUCUUCUUUUAAAG